UCCCUGCGAAGAUAACAAUGAGGUGGUAGCACCUGUCUACAUCUAACUGCUGACCUUUGUUUACCAAAAUUAUUAAUUUUAUAUUUACUAACGAAAACUAAAAUGAAUGGAAUUAGUAAAAGAACUCGCUUGAAAAACUUCACAGUGAGUGAGGAAAAGAUUUUAAAUAACCUGAUUCUAGUGCAUCAAGAUGUAAUCGAAAGCAAAGAGACUGGUUCGAUUAUAUGGGGCAAAAAAGCUGAGGCGUGGAAGGAAAUUGCAGCGGAUUUUGCUCUUCAAUCGGGUAUGGAGCGCCCAUGGCAGGCUCUACGGGAAAAAUAUACCAAUAACCAGCGAUUAAAACGACGAAAAACCCCAAGUGAAAACGGUGAUGAUGAUAUACAGCGAAUUGAACAUAAGCUGUCCAUUUCAGCAGUUUCAUCGCUGGCCGAGGCUGCUAGAGAUGAAGAAAGUAGCAUUGACUUGCAUUCAGAAUACAACAGCAUGCACACGCCUAGUGAAAUAAAAUUUGAGCCGGAGACAUGCAAUAAUUUUGUUAACAAUAUCAGAGUUGACCAUAAAAUGGAAGACUAUUCCUCCACAAACGUCCUGAUGGGUGAAAAGCUAGCUCUUCUUAAGCUGCAGCAGAAGUAUUAUCGUUCUGAAAACUCCAGAGCAGUCGAAAAACAUAUUUUUGAGAUGGAAGUGCAGAAAAUUCAACUGGCACAAAGAAAACUCGAAAUGGAGAAGUACAAUUUAGAUAUAGAAAAGGUGAAAGUGGAAAUUGCAAAUAUGCAUUUGCAGAACAAACUUCUCGAAAUACAAAUUCAGGAAAAGGAAGGAAAUAUCAAUGGAAAGUAUUCGAAGUAACUCCUAAACUAGUCACAGUUAAUUUUACAUCACACAAGAUAUUAAAGAAUAGUAAAAUUGAUGAUAAUAACUAUUCAUUAUUGUUCAACAAAGGAGUAUUUAAAGGUUGUAUUUAAAUUUGUAUGUUAGUUUACUAUAUUCGCUAAUUUUUUUCAUUAUUUAACACGUUAAGCUGAAUAAAGUGACUACACAUCAUUGUCCUUAAGACUUA